AUGGUCGAUUCGAUAAGCACCUCCCAUACAACAUUUGCUGCAAACUCUGUUAAUACACAAAGUCGUAAAAUAAAAACUAGAGGUGCCACUAUGUAUAAAGAGGUGAAAAAAGCAAAUGAAUUUGGUAUUCAAUACUCGAUUAGAGUUGAUGCAGAAACCGGCAAGGUUAAAGGUGAACAUGCUGAUGAUUUUUUGGGUUACAUUGUGUUACAAGAUAAAAGUAAAAUGAGUAUUUUGAUAAAUAGUUGGCAUGACAUUGACGAUGAAUUUGAAAACAACAUAUGGACCUAUAUUACGAAAGACCCUACAUUGAAUGAAGAGGAAGUUAACAUAGAUAUUAGAAACCUGAAAGGCAAUGCUUCUCCUAGCCCUGAUGGAAUCCCUGCCAGUUUUUACCAAACUAUUGGCACAUUAUAG